GUGGCGCAGCGUUCAUAAUUUAUAUUCGCCGCAGAAGCAAAUGAGGUUUGUCAGGGAUCAGAAACCUUCUUAAAUCAAAGGACCUGACGUAAGAAAGGCUUGUGGUCCGGCAGAAUCGUAACAGAACCGAGCCGAUAUAUAGCACUUUAAUGGCUGCGGGAGAGUGGACGUGUUAACGACCACAGCCUUUAGACCUGUUGAAAGAUUUGUCUCAUGAACGACCCCUUCAGUACCUCAGCCAUCACGAGUGGGUCUCCACUUCUGUCUUCGUCCUCGUUGUUCGAGACGAUGGACUUGUUUAUCUGUCAGCGCAGCAUCCAGCAGGUGCAGGAGCAGAAAAAAGCUGCUCGAGUUGCCUCCAAUGCAAAAACGCAGGAAGUGCUCAAACCCGGUCACAUUCUGCACAGCCACAGCAAUUCCUACAAAAUCCUGGAGUAUAUUGGUGAGGGCACCUUUGGCAAAGUGGCCAAAUGCCUGAGCCUUUUGACAGGGGAGACCGUGGCAGUGAAGAUCUUCUUUCAGGACACGGACUGCUUCCUUCAAUGUGAGUUGUCGAUCUUGAAACACAUCAGCAGCCUGGAUUAUGAUGAAACCCACCUGGUCAAGUUCUUUGAGCAUUUCCAAUACAUGGGAAACAGCUGCCUGGUGUUUGAGCUAUUGGACAAAAGCAUGUUCUGUCUGCUUGAGGAAAACGAUUGGAGGCCCCUGUCUCUGAGUCAAAUCCGCUGUGUUGCAGAAGAGCUGUUUUUGGCACUGGUUACCCUGAAGAGCCUUGGAGUUGUCCACGCGGACAUAAAGCCAGACAACAUCAUGCUAGUUUGUGACCAGAGGAAGCUCAGGGCAAAGCUGAUCGACUUUGGUGGGGCGGUUCUUAUGUCGAAAAUCAGACAUGGAAUGAUCGUCCAGGCUCUGGGAUACAGAGCUCCUGAAGUGACUCUUGGCCUCCCGCUCACGGAGGCUGUAGACGUCUGGGCGGUGGGCUGUGUCCUGGCCUUCCUCUGCCUUGGUGACAAUCUCUUCUCGAAGGACUGUGAAUAUCUGAUGAUGAAGAACAUUGUAGAACUACUGGGCCAGCCUGAGGACCAUCUGCUCCGUGCUGGGAUCCACACCAGGUUCUUCUUCAUCGAGGAGACGGGCGAUGAUGGCCCUCAGUGGCGGCUUAUGACCCCAGAGGAAUUUAAGUUGAACAACUGCAUGGAAGUUGAGCGGGAGAGCAGAUUCGCCGCCCUCCCCUGGUCUCUGCGUGACCUAGCGAAGAAGGUGUCUCCGGACCAUGAGAUGGAUUUGGGCGCCAGGUUUGCAUUUGUUGACCUCAUGGAGAAGCUGCUAAGAAUCAACAGCAGUCAGCGGAUUACUGCCCAUGAAGCUCUGCAGCAUCCCUUCAUCACCAAGUCCUACCUGAGUCACGGCGACGACCUCAACUGCGCUUCCUCGCUCAAUGACUCCGAUGAGACGGUGCAGUCCAUCCCCUCCUCAGAGAGCCGUAUCGAAAGAAAAUGCAGCUGCAUCAAACAAAUCUUCUCCUCUGUCUGCUGUUCAUGUUUAUGUCAGCAACCUGUCCUCGACUGAUCCCUCUGUGACCAGUGACUGGGGUGAAACAAGAAGAGAAAAUAAUGGAAAGGAGAAUAAGCCGAGGAAGGUUGGAAAUGCCCGCCCUCAUAAUUUGUCCCUGACUCUAACAAGUGAGGAAGCGUUCCAACGUCCUGAGAUUCAGAUGUAGCGGACAGGACGAACCCUUCAGGGGAAGCAGUCAGCGGAUGUCAGGAAGAGGAGCUGGAAAAGGAAAAAGCCAUGGAAGGGGGAGGAGACUAUUGGAAAACCUCUUGUCUAACAUGUCGCCAGCUGAAGAAGCUGAACUCUUUUUCUCCAUGCUGAGGACCAGAGGAGCGCCUCUGUGAUGGCACCUCAUAGGACGCAAAAUAAUGGUACUGUGAUUAUUUUGUUGGAGUAAA